UUUUUUUUCCAUUGAAAGCUGUGAGUAAAUAGCUGGAUCUUGUCAAGGGGCAAAAACGAAAAGGAAGAAAGGACUACUUGUAGGAUAAAGAAAAAGUUCAUAUAUGCUGGGUGGUGGUGGCACAACUGCUAGUGUUAGCAGCGGCGGUGGUUGUAAUGGAAGCAAUGAAGCUGCUGCUCCUGUUGCUGUGUUUGAUACCAACGACGGCAAUAGUAACAAUUCCGGUAAAGAUGAUAGAAGCAAAGUUGAUGAAGGUGACCGUUCUUUUGGAGGUAACCGAUGGCCGAGGCAAGAGACUUUGGCACUUUUGAAACUAAGGUCUGAUAUGGAUGUUACCUUUCGUGAAGCUAGCGUUAAGGGUCCAUUAUGGGAAGAGGUUUCAAGGAAACUAGCAGAGCUUGGUUAUCAUCGAAGUGCCAAGAAAUGCAAGGAGAAAUUCGAGAAUGUUUACAAGUACCAUAAGAGAACUAAAGAUGGACGAAGUGGUAAGGCCGAUGGUAAGACUUAUCGGUUUUGUGAUCAGUUAGAAGCUUUUCAAAAUCAGCCUUCCAUUCAAUGGCCACCACCACCGCCAGUGGCAGCAGCAGCUACUAUAAAUCAGUCCAUUUCGGCAGUUCAAAUGUCGAAUUCUACUUCUUCGUCGACUUCAUCUGAUUUAGAAUUACAAGGUCGUAAGAAGAGGAAAAGAAAAUGGAAGGAUUUUUUCGAGAGGUUAAUGAAAGAGGUGAUUCAGAAGCAACAAGUGAUGCAGAAGACAUUCUUGGAAGCAAUUGAGAAACAUGAGCGUGAAAGAAUUGUCCGUGAUGAAGCUUGGAAGGUACAAGAAAUGUCAAGAUUAAAUAGAGAAAGAGAGAUAUUAGCCCAAGAAAGAUCAAUAGCAGCAGCCAAAGAUGCAGCUAUAAUGGCCUUUUUGCAGAAAUUAUCCGAGAAACAAAACCUGGGGCAGUCACAAAAUAGUCCAUUACCGCCACCGGCAGUGGUUCCUGCGGCGGUUGCUCCACCACCGGAUAAUGGGAAUCAAAUUCAAACCCAUACACCAAGUUCAUCAAGAUGGCCUAAAGUUGAAAUCGAAGCAUUGAUUAAGAUAAGAACUAGCCUUGAUUCUAAAUACCAAGACAAUAGUCCUAAAGGACCAUUAUGGGAGGAGAUAUCAAACGGAAUGAAAAAGCUUGGUUACAAUCGGAACGCCAAAAGAUGCAAAGAGAAAUGGGAGAACAUAAAUAAGUAUUUCAAGAAGGUGAAAGAAAGCAACAAGCAAAGGCCGGUUGAUUCAAAAACAUGUCCCUACUUUCACCAACUUGAUGUUUUAUAUAGAGAAAAGAACAAACAUGACUGUUCUUCCAAAUCCAAUCCCUUGAUGGUACGCCCAGAGAAGCAAUGGCCGCCUCCUUUAGAGCCCCAUCAACAACACCAUGAUACUAUAAUGGAAGACAUGAUGGAAAGUGAUCAAAACGAUGAUGAGGAAGAAGAUGAAGGGGGUAGCUAUGAACUUGUAGCUAGCAAACCAGUUUCAAUGGGCACAGCUGAGUGAUGUCAGAAGGAAACCACAGAAAUUUCAUUUGCCCACAUGAUAGUCAGAUAAAUGCCAAGAAUCAACAGCUAAGUGGGUCAGGAUCCGGCUAAUGGUGAAUUGAACUUUUUAUAGGUGAGCACACACUUGGGGGGGUUUGUAGCAUAUGGUAAGAGGUUCAUUAUUAUUUAUUUUUUUAGAUAAAUGAAUAAGUUGAGAAUCUCAUUCCUCAUAAUAAUAGACAGGGAAAAAAGAGGCCUAGUGCUGUAUAUUUUUCAUGUUCAUGUUCUUGUUGAUGGUGGUGUAAAUGUGAGAAAUGGUAAACUUUUGUAUUGAUUUGUAUCAACUGCAUCCGCUUUAUAGCUUAGGUACUGUUCUCUAUGAGAUUGUUGCUAAGUUCUUGGCUAAUAGAUUAAUGCAUGCCAUAGAUAUAUGUA